UGGAGCAAGUGCAUAACAAAAUACGCUCGUUGUGCAAAAAAAAAAACGAAAAAAAAAUUUUUCGUCACCUAACUUAAAGUGCCUCCAAGUGCACCCACAAUUAAUUAGUCGAUUCUCGGGAUAGGCAUUCGAGAAGUGUUAAUUUGAGCACAGUACAAGGAAUAAAGCACGCUGUAAUGUGACGGAAGAGCCAAAUUUACAAUGGCAGGGGAUUAUAUAAUAUCAGUGGCAAUUAUACUCGCGGUUGCCAACGUCUGUCAUGGAGAAUGUCAGACUCGUUCAGUGUACUGCUAUGAAUGCGACUCAUGGACUGAUCUUCGAUGCAAAGAUCCCUUCAACUACACAGCUCUUCCCAGAGAUCAACCGCCCUUGAUGACUUGUAAUGGAUGCUGCGUUAAAAUGGUUCGCAACGCGAAAUCACCUUACGAGAGUGUUCGCCGAACGUGCACAUCACAAUUGCAAAUAAACUUAUUCAUGGUGGACCACGUGUGCAUGAUGGAAAGUACCGGCACUGGCCACAUGUGCUUCUGUGAGGAAGAUAUGUGCAAUCGUGUGCCUCCAUCCUUAUCCUUAAAUCCUACCCUCCCAAUUAUCCUCUGGUCCCUCUUGAUAAUAAUGUCCUCCCUAAACGGCCCAGCUUGCUUUGUAGGUCGCUGUGAUAAUGGCAUUUCACCACUAAUGUUAACUCUCUUCCCGUAGAAUCCUUUAUAGAUGAGAUUUAGUAUAUCAGAGGCGAGCAAUCGAGAAUAAUAUUGCAUGUGAUAAACAAUUCAAUUAAGGUCAAAGAGCCAAAAAUACACUCAGAAAAGUAUUUCUCUCAGAUUAAAGAAAAUGUUUCAUUAGAGUCAUUUUUUUUCCUUUAGGCC